AUGCUCAUCUCACCAAGAUCUGUGGAGGCUGCUCCUACGUCGACGUUUACCUAUGGGUCGCGAGAAAUUGAAUCCUGGUUGAACAACAGUCGAGUAGCUGGGAGACAUGACGAACCUAGUGCCGAGGCAAAGCGGACGCUACAUCUCGAUGAGGACGAUCAGCGAUAUACAGACGAGGUCGCGAUUGUCGGACCGUUUGGAGAAGACGAUCAACAGAUAUUCAAAGAACUGCUCGAACGCACCGGGGAUGCACCUAUUGUCGACAACCUUCGCCGAUUCUCACCUGGGCAGACGCGACUCAUCAGAGGCUUAAAGGCUGGUCAGAGAUGGAGGACGGUUCGUCGUGAAUCUGAUAGGCGAACAUUCAGCUGUGCGGCAUCGCUAUAUCCACUGCUUCACGAGCGCUGCCUUGGUCUACUUCAGAACUGGACGGGCAUGACGCCACAGGAAUUGUGGGCCGUUGUGCGGCAAUGUAACAAGGAUUAUAUUCCGACCGGGAUACGCCAAGGCAUCUCAGGCGUGGAUUACUAUGAACUACGGCUAGAUGUAGAAUGGCUAUACGUGACAAUUCUGGAUUCGCCACGACUACGCGACGAAUGGAUGCAAUCUCUUCUCUUUAAAACGACUCUAGACGACGGAGACUUGUACAAAUUUCUCAUGGACUCUCUACUUUUGGACCAGAGUAGCCCCAAACAACUGUAG